CCCUCAGCGAACAAAGAAAUAUUACUCAACAGCAGCCAACAGCCAGUCCAUCGAGAAGGAUACCCAAUCCAGGAGGUAAUACCACCGAGAUAAGCUAUGAGUAGCGCUAGGUACGCGCUACUCGGGAAGGCCCAUCCAUGCUCAUGCCCCAUGCCAUACACCACCAAAGCCUUUCUGCUUAGGAUGUUGCUUGCGAGCGAGCGAGCGAGCCUUUCGAAACUUAAUUUUCUGGAGUCGAGGGUAGUGGGCUAUUGCGCGAUAUCGGUCCUAGCUAUUCGCCCAUAUGGUCGAGGGGUCCAGCGUACUGGACUUUUGGGCAGCAGGUUGGGACGAACCUAUCACGUUGGGGACCUCGAAUCACGCUGGGUAAGCAGCGUAUGUGGUCAAGUACCAGGGACGUCACAAACGGCUGAACAGAUGAUGACCUGGUGUCGUGCGGUGAGGUGGAAGGUAUAUUGCGUGAGGGGUGUGAUUGGGAAUGCGGGCAUCGCAUAGAACAGUCAUUCACCAACGACGUGGUACUUCUGACCCUACCCGUAGUUUAAGCGUUUGGUCCUGUUUGUUGCUUGCUUGGUUGCUUAUUAUUCUCAAUU